ACAUUGUUCGUCGCGCCAAAAUGUCAAACAAAACAUAACAAACAGUGAAACCAUUGUGAAAAGAUUCUAAAGGGAUUGUUGUUUAUCAGAAUCAUUUUUAUUCAAAAUUUUUGUCGCAACAACGGCGAACCUAUUAAAAAUCUACAGAAAUCGAAACUUGCAGGCAUCAAUCAAGAUGGAGAAAAUGGAGGAAUCGACAGAGUCCACAGUCACUGAAGAAACGGAGCUGUUGGAUUUCCCAGAUGAGAUCUUAUUGAACAUCAUGAUCCAUAUGAACGAUACAACUCUCCUGAAUAUGGCUCUCGUUUGCGAACGCUUGAAAGCCAUUGCUAAAGAGGCGUUCACAAAGAAGUACAACGGUACAAACCAAAGCAGUUACUUCGAAGUCAACAUAUCCCAUCGAAAUCUGAUGGUCGAACGCGAACAAUACCAGCCGUUGUUCAGUACAUUUGGCGAGAAUAUGGUUGCAAUUUACAUUUGGUUUUCUCGCGGUAAUGUAGCCCGUAACCAUUGGAUCUUUGCAAUGAUUCGACGGUUCUGCAUCAAUUUGUCAAAGAUUGAAAUUGGAGGGGGUGAUGAAGUUGAUCUGUUGAAAAUGUUUCGAUCGCUUCCAAAGCCAUCGCUCACACAUCUUGCUGUCUUAUACACAAACGCUGCAGAUACAAAUUGGUCAGAAUAUCGACACCCAAAUUUGAUCAAAUUCCAUGUAGAUGAGGGGUGCAACUUUGAGCAACAGGAAAUCGUUGAUUUCAUCAGCACAAAUACUCAAUUGGAAGAAAUACAUCUCAAAAAUGUGGAGGUCGAUAACUACGUACCAAUCCUCGAAGCAAUCGGAAACAAGUGCGAAAACUUUCGCAAAUUGGAAAUCAUGGAUUGGCAUCGAGAUAUGGUGUGGAACAGCGAAAUGAUCGAUAUUCUAUGCAAAUUGUCCUCACUCAACUGCCUGGAGAUCAAUGCGCAUGGUCUGAAGCUUGGCCAACUUGAAUCGCUGGUCCGACGAUUGCCAAACCUAUCGUCACUUCGUCUAAAUCACACUGCUGCCACUUCGGAAAUCUACGAAAAUCUCACACGAGCAGUUUCAAUUUGCCAACGCAUUUCCGAACUCAAAAUUCGAACCAAAGAUCCCGAUUUCGCAAUGUUGACCAACGAAUUACUCACUUACAUCGCUGAUGAAAUAAUGAUUAGUAACAAAAUGGUAGUGCUCAAAGAAGCUGAAGAUGAGAUAGUCAUUGUCAAAGGAGAGGUGCAGCGAAAUAAGGUCAUCGUCUACAAGCAUGAUGCUACCGACGGUAACCAGCCAGCAACAAAUUUCUUGGAUCUGAAUGACGAUUGUUUGGCCAAAAUCAUCGAGUUCCUCAAACCAAAACACCAUUGCGCAUUGUACGAUACUUGCCAACGAACCCGCAAAGCAGUCGAGGAAUUCUAUAGCAAAAAUGUAUUCUGUGCUCGCUUCACUUCGAAAGAAGUCACUGAGAGCAUUUUGUGGUGUUUGGGAAAGCAGAUCCGGUUGAUGAAGCUCAGUCGAUAUUGGAUUUCAACGCGAAACGAGUUCGAAGAACUGUGGCGACGCAUCAAUCAGUACUGUAUCAAUUUGAACCAACUAACCAUUGUAGCUCGGAUAAAUCGUAAUGGUGAUGAUUUUGUGACUCAAGUGGACUGUGAAUGGCCAUCGGCGGAGAAGUUGAUGUUCACCACGUACCGAGUCGACUAUGAAACUUUGUGCUCAAUAUUCUGUCCAUCGUUGACUCAUCUGGAAGUCAGCAAUCUUCGAAUCGAUGGCAAUAUUUUGGACCAUGGUGAUCACUUUCGUCAUCUGACCGUAUUGAAAUUUGGCUACUACAAUGAAAGUGUCAAGAAAUUUCUGUUGGCCGUAGAUGACAAGGUACUAUACGAACAAAUCCAAGAGCUAUCGAUUGGGUCACAGCAUUUUAUGGCUGAAUCAGAUGCAGAUGAUGAAACGGACGAUGAUGAUGAUGACGAACCGAGCCAGGAUGUCGUUGAGCUCGUAAGCAUUGUUCCACGUUUUCGGAAAUUAACCAAAUUGAAGUUAAUUGUUCCUGGUGUCAAUCGGUGCAACACAAAGUAUUUGUUCCAAAAUUGCACAAAACUGGCGCACUUUGGAGUUUGGUGCAAAGACGAUCUUCUAUCUGGUGAACUGUUCGAGCACAUCAUGGACAAUUGUUUGCACAUUGGUACCAUUCGAUUAUUUGGCCAUGGAAUCUACGGAGGUCUUUUACAAAUAGUCAGCGAGAUGUUCCCAAAUGCAUCAGUUGAGGUCGCCAUUUAGGACAACAUAAUAUUAUCGGUUACUGAUGAAGAUCCAGUUGUAUCAAGCUACAUCCUAGAGCUACAUUAUUCAAAAGAGCAAUUAGAUUUAAGGGAAAACCAAACAGUUUGCGGGCCAGAAAUAGUUUAUUGAAUACUUUUCGACGCAUCGAUACACAUACGAUUUACUAAACGUAAACGUGAACCUAAACUAAAACUAUUCAAGAAUAGUAAAAUAUUUGAAAUAUUAAUGGUUUGAUGAGCUUUUUUAUUAAUUCUAAGAAUUUGUAAACAAUCGUGUGUGUGUGCAUCUCUCGCGUGAAGAGUUUGAUGACAGACAGAAAAAAAGAAGAAUCAUUUUCAACACUAUUCUUGAAACAAUUUUCUCCAUAAAAACGUCCCUCCAAACAAUUUCAUUAACAUUUUUUUCUGAUUUCCUUUGCAAAAAAAAAUGUUUAUGUAUAUUUGUAAGCUUUCACAUUGGAACGUCUAAAUAAAGUGCCAAAUUAUAUUCAAUGGUUAGUUAGUUAUCAUUAAGAUAAGUCUGGUUAGAGACUGACGACAAAACUCAAACAAAACUUAGUUCCUCACUUAUUUCUACUAGAUGAGAAUAUUAAAAUGUUGGAAACAUUUGUUGUUUGGAUGAAAGUACAAAAUAAUAUGCAAAUAAAUUCAUUUAAUGUGCUCUUUAUUCAUUGAUUUUUGCAGCGUUAAAAAAUAAUAAACUCUCAUUACAAAUCUGAUUUGGUUGACUACUAA